GAGAGAGAGAGAGAGAGAGAGAGACCACGUUUUAAUAAACCUGUCUGAUUUCUGAGACCUUGUCGAGAGAGAACACAAGUCUCCGUUACGCGCAAACAAACACCCACCUUCCUCACCUUAGAUCUCCUCCAUCCAUGGCUGACGACGUGGGAAAUGGGAUUAACGAUUCUGGUUCAAAAGGGAUCAACCCAGGAUUAAUUGUCCUCCUUGUUGUUGCUGGGUUAGUGUUGGUAUUUCUUGUUGGAAAUUAUGUACUCUACAUAUAUGCACAGAAGACCCUCCCUCCUAGAAAAAAGAAGCCGAUCUCAAAGAAGAAGAUGAAGAAGGAGAAGCUGAAGCAAGGCAUCUCUGCACCUGGAGAGUAGAUACUUUUUUACUCACUUAAUGUUCUAUGGUGUUAAAUUAUACUCAAAUUUUUUUUCUCGUUUGUGGCCUCUAUAGUUAUGUUAAAUUUAAUCUUUCUAGUUCUACCCUAUGUGCUACACUGCUACUGAUUGAAAUCCUUGGCCACAUAAAAUAGUACUCUAGCAAAUAUAUCAUGGACAAAUUUAUUUCAUGACUAA